GAUACAGCGGAUCACCGAUCAACGGAAAGAGCUGAAGAUGUCGGCUCGGUUAUGUGAUCAGCUGUGUCCAAUCACAGCUGAUCACUGAUCAUCAGGGCACUGAUGAUCAGUGUGCCCUGAUGAUCAGUGUAGCCCCAGCAUUGCCACCUGUCAGUGCCCAUCAAUGCCAGCUGUCAUUGCCCAUCAAUGCCACCUGCCAGUACCCAUCAGUGCCUCAUCAAUGCCACAUAUCAGUGCCUACCAGUGCACAUCAAUGCCACAUCAGUGCCCAUCUGAGCUGCCAGUCAGUGCCACCUAUCAAUGCCAGUCAGUGCCACUUAUCAGUGCCACCUAUCAGUGCCAGUCCAUGCCGCCUAUCAGUGCCAGUCAGU